UAACAAACUGGAGAAUUCGAAUUCGAUCACGAAAAUUCUGAUGGCAGCAGGCUAGUCAAGAUCGAUAUUUUUCAGCAUCGGAGUUUGUUGUUGCUGAGUAAAGACGUUGUAAAAAUUGGAACGCCACUAAUAAGUGGACCAAAAUUGUGAGUUCAUUAUCGCCGAAGGUGUCCGGAGUGACCAGUGGUAUCUCUAUCUUUGCGCGGUUCUUGUCAACGAUAAUAACGAAGCGCAAAAGCAUGGCGGGAAAACGAACGCAGUCCCCACAGCCACCACUUAGGCAGUGGCUCAUGGCUUGCGGAGGCACUGUAGAGGGUGAACUGGGUCUUGGAGGUACCGAAGAUCACAUCGUAAGAGUUCUACGGAGCAUUCCUUCGAUGGAACGAAUCCGUAUCGAGCAGGUUGCAUCGGGACGAAAUCACACUCUUAUUCUGAGCGAAAGUGGGCAAGUGUAUUCUUGUGGCAGCAACAGUCAUGGCCAAUUAGGCCGCCCAGAAGUCGGCGUCCGAAAGCCUGAAAUCAUAACGACUCUCUAUCAACACAAAAUUGUACAAGUGGCAUGCGGAGAACAACAUUCGAUGGCGCUUUCUGAAGCUGGCCAGGUGUUUGUAUGGGGAGCGAAUAAUAAUGGUCAGUUAGGAGAUCCAGAGGCGAAAGACGCGGAAAAUCGGGGGCAUCCCAGAAUUGUGAAGAAGCUAGGAUCGUCAGCAGUUCAGAUUGCUUCGGGUAGCAAUCACUGUCUGGCUUUAGCUAACAACGGAACAGUCUUCGCCUGGGGUUCAAAUCAAUGCGGGCAAUUGGGCCUUGGUACAGCUGGAAACUACGUGAGCACACCUCAGGAUGUCCUAAGCCUUCAGGGAGUUCCUCUCAGUCAAAUUGUUUGUGGAGGACAGCAUUCCAUGGUUUUAAGCAAAUCUGGGACUCUUCUUGUGUGGGGUUCGAAUCGACAUGGACAACUAGGAUUGGGUGAUACUGUAGACCGAGCGUCACCAGCAGUGGUCAAACCACUUCGUCAACACGGUCUUAAAUACAUUUCUGCGGGCGAGGAGCACAGCGCAGUGCUAACAGCUGACGGAGGCGUAUUUACCUUCGGUAGCGGGACGUAUGGCCAGCUUGGCCAUGGCUGCAAAGCCGAUCAGCCAACUCCACGCAAGAUUAUGGACCUUAUGGGGACAAUUGUCACACAGAUCGCUACUGGAAGGUGUCAUACGAUUUGCUACGCACCUGGUCCAGGUCGAAUUUAUACAUUUGGCUUGGGGGGAAGUGGACAGCUAGGUAUUCCUGCGUUGCCCUCCAGUGUUGCUACUCCAACACAACUACCUGGAAAAUGGAUACAGGCUCUCGAGGUGAAACUGAUUAGGCCAACUGAUCCUACUCGACGCAACUCUAACGAAGUAGGCGCCGACUGGUCGCAGUGCCUUAACGACGAGUUUCAAGAGGCGAAUAAAUCCAUGGUUGCGAGUCCUAUCGACGCGGCGGGUAGCAGCGAAAGAUCGUGGAACGAACGAAUAAACGUGGAGGUACCUAAGGCAAAAGCUGCACGAAAGCGUGGUAGUCAGAGUGAUGAGCGACCAGAUGCAGGUAACACGGGCCAGGUGAGGCCGGGGUCAGGGCAACGAGAGCCAGGGGCAAAGGUCAAGAAAGCGAAAACAAAAGCAAGUGAGGUCGAUCAAAUAGGUGAGCGUCUUGCACUGUUGCCUGAAAAAGAUCCGGCAGAAAUUCUUAAGACUGAAAUGCUUGUUUUUGCCAUAUUUGCUGGCGGGGAUCGCACAUUCAUCAUUUCACAUGAACCAAGGAAAUAUGGUGUGCAUGCUUCGGCCGACUACCGCGUUCGCCCUAAGCGCAGUCAGAUUCGAACCAUAAAUGUGGACAUAUUGGAAACAAUGCCACACCUCAAACGAGACGAAUCUGUUCCUCAGGCCACUAUGGACAAUCUGGAAGGGGUGCUCAGUUCGCUGGCCUGCAUGAACGGCUCAUUUUUGACAGACCAAGAUCGCCAUUACGAUUGUAGCGGAUAUAACCAUGGGGUGGAUACUGAGCUAGCCCUUCGUGCCAUGAAAUGCCUAGAAGAUACGAAAAAUUCUAGUUUAAAGGAGAUGAUUCGAUCUGAGUUUGAACGACUGGUGGCGUCUGUUUAUGCGAUGUCACAGCGUCCAGUGGAUAUCGAGGCCAUGCGAAUAUAUGUCCUCAUACCAAUGAGCUUUCUCUUUCAAAAAGUUCCCGAUUUUCUCGAAACUAUUACGAACCCCUUUCAGCGAGCUUUGUUAAGGUUGAAGUCGACGGCAUCGAAAAUCGUUUCCGCAUGGUAUUCCCAAUAUAAUGAACACGUUUUUGGCGAUUUCGUCAGAUGUCUCAAAAAUGUUAUUGACCACGUCCUUAUGUAUAACAGAAGCGACACUAUUUCGAUGGAGCUAGCUUUGAAGACUCUUAAACAGCUCAACUCCAUCAACCGCUCGAAAUUAAUCGUGCCCUUCGAGGAAUUCUACAUCGAGAUUUUAAGUCAGCACAUUUCAAUCGAAAAGGACUAUAUGGAGUGGCAGAUGUCCAGCCCGGAGCUGAGAGCACGGCAGCUCUUCUUCUGCGACUACCCUUUCGUGUUUGAUGCUCAAGCCAAAACAACGAUACUCACGGUGGAUGCAGCAAUUCAGAAGCACACAGCUAUUCAGCAGUCGAUGAAUCAGAGUCUAAACCCAUUUGCCGUAGUUUUCCGUCAGCAGCAAGUCAACCCUUUCCUUAUUCUUAAGGUUGACAGGGAUCGUCUGAUCGAGGACUCACUUCGACAGCUUUCAAUGAAAGACUGUGCCGAUCUCCGAAAACCCCUGAAGGUGAUCUUUGAUCGUGAGGAUGCUGUGGAUGAAGGCGGUGUACGCAAGGAAUUUUUCAUGUUGCUUAUCGAAAAAAUUCUGAGUCCAGAUUUUGGAAUAUUCAAGGUCUACAGUGAAUCCAACUAUAUGUGGUUCAACCCGUCGUUUUUCAACGAAGACAAACAGACGAUUUUCUUGAUCGGGAUCUUGUGCGGACUAGCCAUCUAUAACCAGACGAUCAUACCACUUCCGUUCCCGUUGGCGCUGUACAAGAAACUUCUCAAGGAGCCGGUCACAUUUCGGGAUCUUGAAAUACUCAGUCCGCAAGUGGCUAAAAAUCUCAAAGAUUUAUUGAAUCAUAAGGAGGACGAUAUAGAGGAAGUGUAUUGCCUGAAUUUCACCAUAGCCCGAGAUAAUUACGGAUUGGCGGAAGAAGUAGAGCUUAAAGAUGGAGGAAGUAACAUCUCUGUGAAUUUAAAAAACAGGCAAGAGUAUGUGGAUUUAUACGUGGAUUGGAUAUUCAACAAGUCUUGCUUCGAGAUGUUUGCUUUGUUCGCAAAUGGUUUUUAUCGAGUCCUUAAAUCCGAGAUUCUCUCCCUGUUCAAUGCAAACGAACUAAUGACGCUAGUCGCUGGCAAGGAGAAUUAUGACUGGAAAGAUCUCCAGCUGCACACUGGUUACAAGGACGAAUACAAUCCGGAUCACCCAGUUAUUCGGAUGUUUUGGAAAGUCUUCCAUGAUCUUAAACAAAGUGAGAAGAAAGAUUUCUUGCGAUUCGUAACUGGGUCAGAUCGGAUUCCGCUGUUAGGCAUGGGAGAGAUAAAGAUGGUGGUCAUUCCAUACCGCGCAUCAACUGUGCAUCUUCCAGUGGCUCAUACGUGCACCAACACGCUCGAAUUGCCGAAAUACGAGUCGGAAACCGUUCUUAAGGAGAAGCUUAUUACUGCAAUAAGCCAUCAUGUCGGAUUCGGCAUCCGGUAAAAAUAUGCAGUAUUUACUUUGAAAGAAGACCACCACGUACGACUGGCAGUAAAAAAACAGAACGUUGUUCUUACCAAGGGACGUAGGCUUUGUAAUGUAAAUACAAAAAAAAAGUAAGCGUCAGUUACAAAGCAGCAAUCAAGUGGCAAUGUCUGUACGGUCGAAUGAAAAAAAAAUUGACUUAAUGAGGGCUGUUUUUAUAGCGAUAUUCACAAAAUUGAUAAAAUGAAGUCGGGACGGGAUGAUGGAGAAAAACGUUUGGUCGCAUGGUAGAUGAGAACCUGUAGCGAGGCAAUAAAGUCCAUGUGGCGUAAAUUUGUAUUAAUAAAGAUUUCCCUAUUAUAUGCAACUGUCCUGACUAGUCGUGGCGAUUGGUGUUCAUCUUACUAUCACCCUAUUGAAGUGUUGAGAUAAAAGUUGUUGGUGGUGACUUGCCUGAAUAUUA